CAAAUCCCUGGCGCCAUGAGUCGUCGUGUUCAGUUUAUUUUUGACCGUCGUAUCGUUCGGACGCGCUAAUUCGCAGCUACCCAUAGAGAAAAGAGUGCAAUAAACUCAGAAGUCUAAACCUCAUAUGUACAUAGAAACCAACAAAGCAGCUUCAAUCCGUCUUCCAUACUGAGGAUUGUAUUUCCCAGCGCCAGAUUCCCAGCACAACUUCUUAGGGGAAGAUAGAUGGAUAGAGCACAUUUUGGCUAAUAUAAAUUAGAGUGAAUGUCUAAAGCAUUAGUUAGUUAGAAGUGGUGGUUAGAAAAAGAACAUACAACUUACACGUGGAAAACACAGCAAGAAACCGAUAGUAGCGGCAAAAACUUCAGAUCCAGGCACGAAAAAGCCACAAACAACGAUUGUACCGAGCAGACUCCUCUCGUACCACCAUCCAUCCUGCACGUCUUGGCAUCACAUUGCGGAACCGGAUGUAGAUCAAUGAAUCCGAGAAACGCGACGACAAGUGAGGUGACAACGAGGACAACGGCGACGGCACCGACGUCGACGACGGCCAAAGCCAACAGCAACGUCUGCCAUCGGUGGUAUGUUGUACUGUUAGUGUUAUUCGGUCUGGUGCUGCCGCCGUCCGUGGCCCUGCGCUGCGACCGGACACCGGAGGGAUCGAGUGCGAGUAAAUCUCCGGCCGAUGGGCGCUUCCGGCUCAGGAUUUCCGGCAAUCCGGACAAGUACGUGCCCGGCGAGACGUACACCAUCAGCCUGGUCGGCAUCCGGUCCAUGCAGGUGCCGCACAAGUUUUCCGGAUUCUUCCUUGCGGCCGAGAAGGAACUGACCCUCAGCCGCCCCGAACCGCAGAACAAUGGUGUACUGCACCACGUAGGUACGUUCAAUCUGCUGGGAGACGCUCUGACCAAAUUCAGUGAGCGUUGUCCCAACGCAGUGACUCAAACCAGCUCGAUACCGAAGAGUGAAAUCCAGGUGAACUGGGUUGCGCCACCGGCCGGAAGCGGUUGCAUAGCGAUUCGUACGACCGUCGUGGAACAUCGCGACGUGUGGUACAUGGACGAUGGGCCGUUGAGUAAGAUAUUCUGCGAAGAUGAGGCUGAUUCCGUGGAUACGCAGCCUGUUGUACUCAAGGAAUGCUGCGCAUGCGAUGAAGCAAAAUACGAAUUGACAUUCGAAGGACUAUGGUCCAGGCAUACCCACCCGAAGGAUUUCCCUUCGAAUGGAUGGUUGACAAGGUUUAGUGAUGUUAUUGGAGCUUCUCAUACGGUAGAUUAUCGUUUCUGGGAAUAUGGUCAGGUGGCGAGUGAAGGGUUGAAGCAAGUGGCGGAACAUGGCUCAACUCGGAUGUUGGAGAGUGAGCUGAAGAACCAAAGUGACAAAAUCCGCACCAUUAUCAAAGCUAGAGGCAUAUCGUAUCCCAAUGUAACAGGAAAGACAUUUGCCGUAUUUAGGGUGGAUUCCAACCAUCAUUUGGUGUCGAUUGUUUCGAUGUUGGACCCCUCACCGGAUUGGAUCGUUGGGGUUUCCGGACUGGAGCUGUGCCUGGCCAACUGUUCCUGGAUUGAAAAUAAGAUUCUAAAUUUAUAUCCAUGGGACGCCGGGACCGACAGUGGUCCCACUUAUAUUUCCCCAGACCAACCAACUAACCCGCCGGAUGCUAUCCGAAGAAUUAAGUCGAACUAUCCCAAUGACCCUCGGUCGCCGUUCUACGAUUCUAGCGGAGUUGAGAUGAAACCGCUAGCCCGAAUCUACCUGUCCCGUCAAAGGCUCUAUGAAAAGAACUGUGAAACCGAUGACGAAGACAACGAAUCGAAACAGGCUUGCGAAACAGAACCAUGGGACGAGUGGACCGAAUGCAGCUCCCGCUGCGGAAAAGGUCGCCAAACUCGUCGUCGAGUGUUCAAAUAUCCGGUCAAAGCCAAGCAGGCGGAUUGCAAGAAGAAACUGUUCGAAAGAAGACCAUGCGUUGGUCCGGAACGGGACUGUGACUAUCAGACCAGCCAGGAGUUGGACACCAUCUAUCAGAGUGACCCGGAGUGCGAGGUAACUGAGUGGGGUCCGUGGAGUGAGUGCAGUACUCCGUGCGGUAAGGGUAACAAAACGCGAUCUAGAAAGUACAAGAAGAAGGGAGCGCGCAAGAAGUGUGAAAGGAUGCCCAAUCCGCCGAGGUUGCAGCAGACGGCACCAUGCAGUGAGGAGUGCGCAGGAGACAUUUCGCAACCGGUGAUUAGCGCUGAUAUCAACCCGGACUGCAAGAUGUCCCAGUGGUCCGAGUGGGGACCAUGCAGCGUCACGUGUGGCUUAGGUCGUAAAAUGCGCACCCGUAUGCCACUGAGCGCUGCACUGAACACGAAAAUGCAUCACAAGCGCUUCGUUAAUUACUACCUGGCACGGAGACGGCCAACCAACAACGAUGAUGACGAAGAGGACGAUGACGAGUCAGGUGGGGCCGAUUACGACAAUGGCUUGACCAUUGAUCGGGAUGAUCCUUGCUACGGUGUGGAGACCGUAGAAGAGGUUACUUGUGGUCACGAUCUUCCUGCAUGUGAUGGAUUGUACGGAGUCCCUGAACUGUGCUUCCUGGAACCGAAACCUGGAAAUUGUCGAGAUUCACAAACGAGAUGGUACUUCGACAGUGAUAAAAAUGACUGCUCGAUCCUGUUCUUCACAGGAUGUGGUGGAAACAAUAACAACUUUAUGUCCCGGGAAGAUUGCUUGGACACCUGCAGUAAAGAUCGAAAAUUCACGAAUAUCCCGAUCAGAGAUCAAACGAUCAUUAACCCCGACUACUCGUCGGACUUCAAACAGGACUGCAAGACUUCGCACUGGAAGCGAGGCCCUUGCAAUGCCACCUGUGGUGAAGGUUUCCGCGUAAAAAGCCGAACCAUUUUGGCACAUCCAUCAAACGGCGGCCACCGCUGUCCACGGAAACUGCGCAAAGUGGAACGCUGCUUCGUGCACUGUGACUCCUCUCGGCACGACACCAAUCCUUCAUGGGGACCCAGCACCCGGUACACGCCGGAACCGAUCGAGUGCGACUACUCGGCCUGGUCGGCGUGGUCUCCUUGCAGCAAGACGUGUGGUGACUACGCCGUCCAGCAGCGAACGCGCUACGUGCUGAACUCGGAACAUGCCCGGCACUGUCCGCAUCGGCUCGAGGAACGGAAAUGUGAUAUCAUGCCCUGUUUGCUGGGCAAUUGAAAAAGACAUAUGGUCGGGCUGGAGGAUGGAGAAAGUAGGUGAGAUUUGUUUAUUGUUUCAUUGAAUUAUUUGUUCGAGAACUGUAGUUGAAUCAUUGUUUAGACUGUUUGAUUAAUAGAAUACUCAUAAUAUAUAAGUAUAUUUACUAAUAAAGUUGAAACCUAUUAUUUAACUGGAAAUUAUUUUGAACGGAGUUGUAAACAGAAUGAUUAUCAAAUAAAAGUGUAAUCACUAUAUCAGCAUAUACAUUUAAGUGAAAUAGGGAAAACCUUUUUGUACAAUGUGAAAUCGGGUCGACGAAUCAGCAGCAUUUUAAUCUAAAAUGAAAAGCAAACAUAAAUUGAUCAGAAAAUAAUAAUAUUUCGGAAAUGGAAGAAUUGAAAAAAGCAAUCAAUUGGAUGUGUAAAAACUUACUCAAACACAAUACGCAUAUAAGUAUAACAAUAUUGAAAGUGAUGAUGAUGUAACAGCAAAGAAACCCGAAUCCAAUGUUUUAGUGAUUCAAGAAGAAAACAAAACAAUUGAUGCAUAUUAAAGAGUGAAAAUUGAA